GUAUUAAUAAUCUGGACCGGUUUUCCGGUCAAAUGUGAUGUCAUGAUUGCUACACGCAACGGCUGCCCUUUGCUGAUAACGUAGGCUACAUAACGGAGAGGCGGGACUGGUACCUUACAGAGCUGCUUAAUGUCUGUGUUCAGUAUCCGUGCAAUACAGCACACUUGAGAAACUCAGGGAUAUUACGCUCCAGCCAUGCGAUACACUCUAUAUAUAUUCCUGUUAUGCAUCACCUAUUGUGUUGUACUGGUCAAGGGCGCACGGACAUUAGAUCAUGUGGAGCGCUACGAUGUCGUCCGACCUCAGAGACUGACUGGUCGGGUCAAAAGAAGCAUUUUCUCAAACCAGGUUUAUCCUGAUGGGCUACAAUAUGUAUUAACCAUUUCUGGAGAGAACUACACAAUUCAUCUUGACAAGAAUAGGCAACUUAUUGGGAGGCAUUACACUGAAACGAACUAUUCUGAAGAUGGAAAGCGGGUGACAACAUUUCCAAAUUAUGAGGACCACUGCUAUUAUCAUGGUCAUAUUCAAGGCAUUGAAGAUUCAUCCGUUAGUGUUGGAAUCUGUUCUGGCAUUAGUGGCUUUGUGAGGGCUGAGCAGAAGGUCUACUUGAUUGAGCCUUUAGGAGACUCUGCCGAUGGGGAGCAUGCUCUGUACAGGCAGGAGCACCUCAGAGCCAACAGGGCCAGCUGUGGUCACUCCAACGACAGCACGGUCUAUGACCAUGACCAGGGCCCGGCCCCCAGACUCUCGGGCCUCUUCAAGUCCAAAGGCUGGAAAAGUAAACCCAUCACUGGGCCUGAAAGAUUUGUGGAGAUGUAUCUGGUGGCUGACUACACAGAGUCCAAAAUAUUUGGAAGCGAAACCAAAGCUCGGAUGCUGGAAAUUGCCAAUCAUGUUGAUAAGUUGUAUCGGCCAUUGAACAUCCGGGUCAUGCUGGUGGGGUUGGAGAUGUGGACUACCAGGGAUCACAUUGACGUCACAGCCAGUCCUGAGAACACCCUGGAUAGGUUUCUCCAGUGGCGUCAAGACGACCUUCUAAAGAGGGUAAAGCAUGACAAUGCCCAGUUUGUCACUGGUAAAGAUUUCUUGGGCGAUACUGUCGGACUGGCAAAUAAACUUGCCAUGUGCACUGGAAGUUCAGGUGCAGUCAACCAGGACCACAAUAGAAACCCAAUUGGCAUUGCCUCGACCAUCGCUCAUGAGAUGGGCCACAACCUGGGCAUGUCCCAUGAUACUUCAGGCUGCACCUGUGGGACAUCGCUGUACAACGACAACUGUGUCAUGGCAGAUCGGCUCAGGUCAGUGUACCCAGAGCUGUUCAGUGGCUGCAGUCAGGAGCAGCUGAGUGACUUCCUGGAGAGAGCCAAUCCCAGCUGUCUGCUGGACACACCCGGCUCUGACAGGCUGUAUGUGGGGCCUGCCUGUGGCAAUGCCUUCCUGGACCCUGGAGAGGAGUGUGACUGUGGAACUGUGGAGGAGUGUAAGAAUCCCUGCUGUGACCCCACAACCUGUCGCCUCACUGAGGGGUCCAGCUGUGAUCAUGGAACAUGCUGCGAAAACUGCCAACUUAAACAGGCAACCAGUUUGUGUAGAACAGCUUCCAGUGAUUGUGACCUGGCAGAGUAUUGCACUGGAACUUCAGAGCAUUGCCCAGAAGAUACCUUCAAAAUGAACGGGAAACCUUGCAACUAUAGUCAGGGGUACUGCUACAAUGGGCAAUGCCCAACACUUCAGCAACACUGCAAGAGACUGUGGGGACCAGCGGCACAAGUAGGCACGGAUUCCUGCUUUAAUCUAAACCUGGGUGGCAUCGAAGGAGCCCACUGCGGAAGGACCAAAUACGGCUUUGCGCGUUGCACGCCACAGAAUAUAAAAUGUGGAACGCUAUUUUGCUCGGGAGGGGAUGAGUAUCCCAUCACUGGGCAGAAGGCCUCCUAUACAAUGAGGGGAACAUGCAACAUAGCAGUGGACCAGGAUAAGAUAAGAGCCCUCGACAUGGUCCCGACAGGAACCAAAUGUGGAAUGAAUGAGGUUUGCUAUGAUCACAAAUGCCAAGAUGUCAAAGUCUAUGGUCAAACGGAGGACUGUUCAUCAAAAUGCCACAACAAUGGGAUUUGCAACAACAAGGGACAGUGCCACUGUAACCCAGGUUGGGCUCCACCCUACUGUGACGUCAAGUAUUCAGACGUGCCUCAAGACCAGUUUGGGGUGGUAGCUGGUGUCUCUGCAGCGAUAGCUGUCUUGUUGCUGCUUACUUUCCUGGUUGCAGGACUGAUGUGCUGCAAGAAGGACAAGAGAGAGAACUACAUUUCCAAAAGGAAAGCCCACUCUACUCCGGGCCAGUUGAACCCAAUGUUCCAGGAGAGGAGUGGAAAGGGUAAUCCUCUUAGCAAGCCCCCCCAAAUCAGCCAACCCACCUUCAUGGAGUCAUCUGCAACACAAGCCUGCACCCCUCUGUCUGUCACUGUGGUCCCUUCCAGGCCCCCUCCACAGCCACCAAAGAGCUUGCCUGCAGUGCUGCCACAGUCUUGCAUUGAACCGACUAAACCCCUACCUCCACCAAAGCCUUUGCCGACUCUGAGUAGCACACCGAAAAUCAAGCAUGUUGUCCUAGUGCCACCAGUCAAGGCCACAGCACCAAUGGUACCCAGCAAAUACCCACAGCAGACCUCAGGAGGAGCAGGCCACAAGAUUGCACUGAAGCCUCCCCCCAUGCCACGUCGAUGAUGACUACUGCAUGUGCAUAUGUUGACUCAUAGGAAGACAGACCUUUGAUGAGUCCAGUUCUUGUUUCAGACUCUAGGAGGUCCUGAAUGACCGAGCCUAAUAUCAACUGUGGAGAAUGUCUUUGAAAACUCAACAUCAACAUAGUGAUGUCUCAGAAUGUGCUUCUCAACCACUGUGGAAAAGUGGUUUGGAAAAUGCUGGAACAGAUUGCUGGUGCAUUUCUCAUGCAGUGUUUUUCUUUCUUCAAUUACUGUAUGGUAGAAAACAUGUUACAGUAGACCAUUCCCUUUGACAUGAACCUAGCAGUUGCACUUAGGUUGCCUCUGUUUACACUUUUUACAAGGGGGAAAGCCUAAUUCUACUUUGGAAUUCCUGUACUUAUGAAUGUUAAUUUACUGUUUCAUGAUCUCAAGCCAGUGUGCCUUUAAAAAAAUAAGUAUUACAUUGAUGUAUGUUCUUUUUUCAAGAUAUUACAAAUGAAUGGUACAUAUGAGAGGUACAGUGCCUUCAGAAAGUAUUCACACCUCUUGACUUUUUCCACAUUUUGUUGUGUUACAAAGUGGGAUAUAAAUGGAUUUAAUUGUCAUUUAUUGUCAACGAUCUACACAAAUCUAAUGUCAAAGUGGAAUAUCUUGAUUUAGAUAAGUAUUCAACCUGAGUCAAUACAUGUUAGAAUCACCUUUUGCAGCAAUUACAGCUGUGAGUCUUUCUGGGUAAUUUUAAGGGCCAGAUUCCGACCCGAGUUAAGCACAUAAAUGGAACGUAAUUCCUUUUUCUGCACUUUUCUCUAUGCGUAUUCUGACCUUGAACUUAAGCAGGAGAAUAGCAUGCUAUUCAGUUUGGGUAGACAUCGAAUAAAUGAAGGUGUGUCUACAGAUAUGCCAUACUCUGA